GCCAGAAUAGGCAGCCGUACAAAUUACUCAUUACCCAUCCAUCUUAACGACUUCCCUUUCGGUAAUUAGAGCAAAAAUUUGGGGCCAAAUUGUAAUUAUUGAAUUAGCUGUCAAAAUCGUUUUCGCUUGCAACAGAAAGAGGAAGGGCUCAGUCGCCGGCGAGUCUCUGCUGUCUUUCUUUCACCUUUUGAUCUUCUCCGAUAGAGAGAAAGAGGAUAUGUUAUCGGUCGGAAUUGAAGACGAAGAGAAAUGGCUGGCCGAAGGAAUCGCCGGAAUUCAACACAAUGCCUUCUACAUGCAUCAAGCCAUGGAUGCGAAUAGUCUCAGAGAAGGACUUAAAUACUCGGCUCAGAUGCUUUCAGAACUUCGAACUUCGAAGCUUUCACCACACAGAUAUUACGAACUCUAUAUGCGAGCCUUUGACGAAUUGAGGAUGCUGGAGAUAUUUUUUAAGGACGAAAGCAGGCAUGGUGUAACGGUCGUCGAUCUGUAUGAACUUGUGCAACACGCCGGGAAUAUAUUGCCCAGACUGUAUCUCCUUUGUACGGUUGGGUCAGUGUAUAUGAAAUCUAGGGAGGUCCCUGCAAAGGAGGUCCUCAAGGAUCUCGUGGAAAUGUGCCGUGGAGUUCAACAUCCAAUACGUGGUCUCUUUCUCAGACACUAUCUAGCUCAAGUCAGUAGGGACAUAUUGCUAGAUAUUAAUUCUGAGGGCGAAGGAGAUGCUGACACUGUCAUGGAGGCCGUAGAAUUUGUGCUUCAAAAUUUUACUGAAAUGAAUAAACUUUGGGUGCGAAUUCAGCUUCAGGGACCUGCACGGUUGAGAGAGAAGCAGGAGAAAGAGAGAAAUGAACUUCGAGAUCUUGUUGGAAAGAAUCUCCAUGUUCUCAGUCAGAUAGAGGGUGUGGACCUUGAAAUGUACAAGCAGACUGUUCUUCCUAGAGUCUUGGAGCAGGUGGUCAACUGCAAAGAUGAGUUAGCUCAGUACUAUUUGAUGGAGUGCAUUAUUCAGGUGUUCCCAGAUGAAUACCAUUUACAGACGCUUGAGACAUUGUUGGGUGUUUGCCCGCAGCUUCAGGCAACCGUUGACAUCAGGAUGGUUCUAUCUCAAUUAAUGGAUAGAUUAUCAAACUAUGCUGUUUCAAAUGCAGAUGUAAUACCUGAAUUUCUGCAUGUUGAAGCUUUUGCUAAGUUGAGCAAUGCUAUUGGGAAGGUAAUAGAAGCACAGGUUGACAUGCCUAUUGUUGGAGCUAUAACAUUGUACGUCUCCCUUCUGACAUUUACCCUUCGUGUUCAUCCAGAUCGGCUUGAUUAUGUGGACCAAAUAUUGGGAGCAUGCGUUAAGAAACUCUCCAGCCAACCAAAGCUUGAAGACGCUAGAGCAACAAAACAAAUAGUUAUGCUUCUCAGUGCUCCACUAGAGAAAUAUAAUGGUAUUGUGACAGCUCUUACACUCUCAAAUUAUCCUCGUGUCAUGGACCACCUGGACAAUGCCACAAACAAAGUUAUGGCCAUGGUCAUUAUUCAAAGUAUUAUGAAAAAUAACUCUUGCAUUUCUACUGCUGACAAGGUUGAUGUAUUGUUUGAACUAAUAAAAGGGCUUAUCAAGGACUUGGAAGAAGUGAGUGUCGAUGAGCUUGACGAAGAGGAUUUCAAGGAAGAGCAAAAUUCUGUUGCUCGUCUUCUACACAUGCUACAUAACGAUGACCCGGGUGAAAUGUUGAAGAUUAUCUGCGCCGUGAAGAAGCAUAUUUUGUGUGGAGGACCAAAUCGCCUGCCUUUCACUGUUCCUCCCCUGAUAUUUUCUGCGCUCAAUUUAAUCAGACAGUUACAAAAUCAAGAUGGGGACGUGGUGGGAGAAGAGCAACACGAAGUUGGGGAUGAGGCAGAAGAGAUGCAUGCUACACCGAAGAAAAUAUUUCAGAUUUUAAAUCAGCUUAUUGAGGCUCUUUCCUCUGUUCCAGCUCCUGAAUUGGCAUUAAGGUUAUACCUGGAAUGUGCUGAGGCAGCUAAUGACUGUGACCUCGAACCUGUUGCGUAUGAAUUCUUUACCCAAGCAUUUAUAAUCUAUGAAGAGGAUAUUGCGGAUUCUAAGGCUCAAGUGACUGCAAUACACCUUAUUAUUGGGACUCUACAGAGGAUGAAUGUGUUUGGUGUCGAGAACAGAGAUACUUUGACACACAAAGCUACUGGGUAUUCUGCGAAGCUCCUAAAGAAACCUGAUCAGUGUAGGGCUGUUUAUGCAUGCUCACAUCUCUUUUGGGUUGAUGAUCCAGAGGGCAUUAAGGAUGGAGAGAGAGUUCUUCUUUGCCUGAAGCGUGCCCUACGAAUUGCAAAUGCUGCUCAACAGAUGGCUAAUGUUACACGGGGUAGUAGUGGACCCGUCACACUUUUUGUUGAAAUACUGAACAAGUACCUCUACUAUUUCGAGAAAGGAAACCAGCAGAUAACAAAUGCUGCAAUUCAAGGCUUGAUUGAAUUAAUAACAACUGAAUUGCAGACCGACUCCCCAAGUGCGAAUCCUGCCCCAGCCCCAGAUGCAUUCUUUACUAGCACACUUCGAUACAUUCAGUUCCAGAAACAGAAAGGUGGUGUGAUGGGUGAAAGAUAUGAUUCUAUCAAGGUUUGAUUUGUUCAUAAAAAUGUGAUCUAUUCAAUUUCUGUCAUAAAGCUGUUUGUUUUGAUUUUCUUCUGCUAAAUAUAGCCUCCUUUAGUUUUGAAGGAAAUUCUAUGUUUGUCAUUCUAUAUAUUUGCUCCUUGUAUUUAAUCUUUGUUUCUGAUGUGGUUGGAAGGAAGGGAAUGGGGAGCUUGUAUCAUUUGUCUGACUGACUAUGGGAAAUUUUAGAUUCUCCUUUUUACCCCAAACAUGCCUGUUUACUUGCAAAAACAAUUGCAAAGGGCUCGUUUGGGACUCUUCAUUAUUUAUUGUUAUUAUUUUUUGGGGGGUUUAAAUACUAUUUUUAGUCCAUGGAUUCUGAAUUUUA